AAAUGGGAAAUAGAAAAGAUAUGAUAAUGGUUUGAGAAGAAAACAGUUCAUUAAAGUUAUCUGAAGUCAUUAUAAUUAUUCUUAAUCAAAAGAUCUAUUUUCAUCUAAUUAUCGAAGUCACUGUUUAAGCAGAAAAAUAGGAACAAACUGAAAGAAACCCACCCCAAAUAUAAAUUGCCUGAUGGAAGAGUUACUCUGUAAUAUAGCUAACUUUUAUGAAGGAAAUGGAUUGUGAAAAGGAGUUGGGAGACUCAGCCCCUGGCCACAAUAAAGGACACUUUGUGCUGGUGCACGGAGCACUGCAUGGAGCAUGGUGCUGGUACAAGAUUGUGGACCUCCUGGAAAAGGAUGGUCACAUGGUGACAGCCAUAGAUCUGACAAGUGCAGGGAGACACCCUGCUACAGCUGAUUCUGUCAAAUCCUUUGAGGAAUACAAUCAGCCUCUCAUGGACUUUCUAGCUCAUCAAGAAAAGAGUAUUGAACAGGGAGCUAGGAUAGUGUUGGUGGGGCAUAGCAUGGGAGGAGUGAGCUUAUCAUAUGCUUCAGAAGCCUUUCCCCAUCUCAUUGCAGUUGCAGUCUAUGUCUGUGCCCUCAUGUUUCGUGGAGGAGAAUCCCUGGACAAAGAAAGAGAAUAUAUGUUACCAGACAAAGAGAUCAUUGAGAAGUUAGAAUUCAACAAACCCAAUGGCUCCAUUCUUCCAACCUCUUUUACAAUGCCCAAGAACUUAAUGAAGAAUUACUUUUACAGUGAAACAGAAUCUGUGGAUGCCACUUUAAGUUCUCUGUUAAUUCGCCCAUUCCCAGCCAUGGGAAUUUAUAACAUGGAUCUGAAAACUACAGAGGAACGCUAUGGGCUUGUUCCAAGAGUCUAUAUUAAAACAAGCAGAGAUAAAUUAUUUCCUCCUGCCAGGCAAGAAGAGAUCAUUGCCAGAUCACCCCCGGAAGUUAUACAUGUGUUGGAAUCAGAUCACAGUCCCUUUUUUUGUAUGGCAGAAAAACUGCAUCAACUGUUUGUGCAGAUCGCCAUAGAAUAUGUGAAAUAAAUGUUGUAAUUCAGUUGUGUUUAGACUCUUGCCAUGUAAUCCAUAUGUGGCAGAUACCCAUUAUAGCCUGCAAUGAUUUUGGUAUUUAUCACUUUCUGGUUGUGCGUUGGAAACUACAGAUAUUGUGUGAAUAAUAGCUUCUUCCACUGUCUUGUCGGCACUGUUCCAUUAUUAUGAUGUGAAGUGUAUUUUUCUUAAUAAAUAGUAGGGAAUAAAAAUGGUGAAAAUGGUCUGCCCAUGGCCUUUCGGGUUCA